AUGAUAAGACAAUUGGGAAACGUUCAGACAUUUCUAGCAAUUGUUUUGUUUGUAAUUUGUUUCACGAAAAUGAGGUAUUACUGUAUCGGUCGUGCCUUUUGUCUUCGCUCACAAACGGGUCGAACCUAUCGUAAAAUGUCGACCACUAGUGCCGGCGCCGCAACCGACGAGGUUCUGCUGGAGAGGACCGGCAAUAAGGGUAUCAUAACGUUGAACAGACCCAAAGCCCUGCACUCGCUCUCCUUAUCGAUGGUCAAGAAGAUCUACCCUCAGCUCAAGAGUUGGGAAAUGGAUAACACUAUGAAAAUGGUUUUAAUCAAAGCCACCGGCGAUAAGGCCUUCUGCGCCGGCGGUGAUGUCAAGACAAUCGCUCAGUCGGGUAAGGGAUCGGCCAUUACUGACGAGUUUUUUAGAGAGGAGUACCGGAUGAACAACAUAAUCGGUUCCCUCGCCAUCCCUUAUGUCUCUCUUAUCAACGGUAUUGUUAUGGGAGGCGGCGUCGGUAUCUCAGUUCACGGGCCGUUUCGUGUGGUCACAGAGAAGGCUGUGUUCGCGAUGCCGGAGACGGCCAUCGGUUUCUUCCCAGACGUGGGCGCCAGUCAUUUCCUGCCCCGACUGCCCGGCAAAUUGGGUCUCUUUCUGGGCCUAACGGGUCAUCGGCUGACCGGUCGCGACAUCGUUAAGGCCGGUGUCGGCACUCACUUCGUGCCCAGCGAUCGCCUCAACGAACUCGAGAAGGACUUGAUUCGGUUGGAGGCGCCGGACAUACACUCCAUCGAUAAGAUUCUCACCAAAUAUUCGGAACAAUGGGAACAGGACUUCAAGAAGGAGUUCUCACUCAAGCAAUAUAUCGGACGCAUAAACAGCGCUUUCGGCGGACAAUCCGUGGAAGAGAUUGUGGAGAAUCUGAAGAAAGACAACUCCGAGUGGUCUAAACAACAGUUAGAUAUAAUGAGCCGAAUGUCUCCCAUGAGUCUCAAGUUGACGUACGAAGAGCUCCGGCGCGGACACAAUCUCACACUUCCCGAGUGUCUCAAAAUGGAGUUUCGUAUAUCUCAACACUGUAUGGCCAACGAAGACUUCUUCACUGGUGUUACACACCUAUUGGUUAACAAAUCAAAGGAACCGCCCGUUUGGAAGCACCGGACGCUCGAAGAGAUCAGUGCCCAAGAAGUGGACUCCUAUUUCCAGCCGCUGACCGCUCCUCAUUUGUUUGGCAUUUGA